AUGGUGGUGGUGGCGCUCGUGGUACAGUCUGCCCUUCCCUUCGCUGAUGGUGCCGCCGCCAACGGGGCAGCCCUGCGUGCGCUGGAAGAUAGGUACGCCAAGUUGGUCGAGAGAUACAGGGGCGACUUGAAUGACACCCGCCUGCUGCGCGCCACUUUGGAGCCUAGGCGGAUGUUGAGAGUUCACAGUUCACUUCUUCCAGACCUUUCAGCGAGACUUGGUGUUGCGUGGCUCGACUUGGAGCAUAAGAAAUGGGAAGUGGAUGCAUCAUGCUCUGUUCUUGACGCCUCCCAUGGCUUCGUGAGCUCUGGGCGGAAGGCGGCCGCCAUAGCCGUUCAAGAUUCAGUUUGA